CACUUAGCGAGCUGGCCAGAAUCCGUAUUAUACAGGUUUAGCUAGAUCUAGCCAUGUCGGAUGAACUAGUUUAGCGGGUUGCUUUAUCAUAGACAAUAAAGCGAAGGAACCCAAUCUCGUUGUUCCUCUAUUGUUAUGGCCGUCUAGGCGUAUUGUGAGGGUCCGUCGUCAAUUUGCAGCCAGCAGUUUUCCCGUACGCUGGACACAGACUGUCUAAGAAUGUGCGUGUGCGUAAGAAGAAAAAGACUGUAGAGACUUUCCUUGCCACAACGGCUAAUCAUUUAUGAUUAGUUGUAGGGUCUCUGUUACCCACACUGUUUCUCCACAUCAUGUUUACAGCUCGCUCUCUAUAUCAGUUUGUAACUGCAGCUAAGGAUUCUUCUGAAGAAUCAGAGAAAAAUGGCUCAAAUACACUCUGGCCAGGAUUGAAUGGCACUGAAAGAGACUAUGCUUUAGUAUCAGUGUCGUUCGCAUUGUUUGAAACUGUUCUUUUCCCCUUGCCAAUGCUGAUGAUGGAUUCACUUCCAUUCACUCUUCUUAUGCUACUAACAUUUUCCCUGUUCACUGUUGCUGGGGUGGUGUACGGAUGUGCCACUCAUAUAUGGAUGGUCUUUGUUGCACGUGGUCUAAUGGGUGCUGCGGCUCUUUUUGCAUCUUCAAUUAUUUAUACCUAUACUGGAGAAAUUGGUUCUAUUAUGGAUAUGGAGCGACUAAAGAUGGGAAAAAAGCCAAUAAAGGGCACCUUGUACUUGGCAAUCACAUUCACCACUCAUGGAUACCACAUCAUUUUACUUGGUAUAAAUGCAGGUCUGGUUAGGAUUCCUUCAGUAAACCCAUAUCGUCUGCCCGGAUGGUUUCUGAUUGCUCUCGGUGUGACUGCUGCAAUCAUAGUGUUGCUGUUCUUCUCAGAGACAAGGCCCUGGACUUGUAGGUUCAAGUCAAGCUGUGACAUAACAAGUGGUUGGAGUGAUUUCCGGAAAAUGAGGUCCAAGUCAAAGAGCUAUCUAAUAGGUGUUGCAUUUGUGUUUGCGAAUGCAUAUGUCACAGGACAGGCAUUUGCUCUGCUAUAUACACUUGUGUCACCCAUUCUGAGCGACCAGUUUGGCUUUACUGUAGAUAAUACAGCUCUGUUCUUCACUGCACUAGCAGUUGGUGGGUUAGCCUCACCUUUUGUUCAGUUUUGUUCACAAGCACUGAAAUGCAAUAAUAGAGUAAGGAUGGCAUUUGCUCUGGUGACUAUUGUCAUUGGAAAUACACUGAUUAGUGACUGGCAGGUAUUAUAUUACAAGGAAAACCCUUGUUACCUACCAUCACCUGGUGAUAAUGGAACUACUGAUGUGGUGGAUGGUAAUAACAUAACUUCUUCAUUUGAGAAUAUCAAUGAUCACAUCAAUAGCACAUUUGAGUGGAAUAUUGACAACUGCGAAGGUAAGAGUACUUCCAAUCACGAAUGUUUCUGGAACCCUUCGUCUCGGGUUACUGGAGAUCAUUGUCACACUUGCCAUAAUGCUUGCCUCAGCAAACAAGCAUUUCUCAAUUUCUACCAGUUCAAUAUUGGGGUGCUGUUUCUGUCUGUUGGAGCGACUCUUGCUUAUGUAUUCAACUUUGCACUGUUGUCUGACAUAGUUCCUCCUGAGAAUCAGGGAAGUAUAACAGUACUCACUGUUACCAGCGGGGCAUUCGCAAGAGCUGUAACACCCCUCUGGUAUGUUGAAAGCUAUGAACAGACUGGAAAGCACACCUUCCUCCCCCUAUCAGUAACUAAUGCAACAAUUCUGUUAGUGCUUGUUGCACUGGCUGUCCUCUACAAAGAUCUCGCUCCAAGGUGUAGUACUGAGGCCAAAGCUGCAACCAAUGCUACUGCCUUAGAGUGUUCAAUAGUGGAUGGUCAAUGAGUAGCUAUAAUGUUUUUGUAACUAACUCCAUUUCUGGUUGAGUGUCAUUAUUUACACAGUGCAUACAUAGUGUUUUGUAAUGAAGCAGUCAAAGAGCAUCCUCAGUGUGGUGUUUGUAUCACUAGUACAUUAGUACUUAGUAGAAGUGUAAAAAUCAUUUCUUCAAAAUUAAGGAGGAUGUAGGGAUGGCGCAAAUUAUGAAAAAGGAUACCAACAAGAGUAUGCUUCAGCCGAAAACAAAAAUGAUAUUAUACAUCCAUCCCAACAUCUUUCUCUCUUUUGCUCUAUAUAAAAAUGUGUGGAGACUUGCAUUUAAGUAUGUGUAACCUCUGACCCUCGAAAACAUUCCUACUAAUUACAUUUUUUGUGUCACGUAUGUGAAUUCAGAGUUGGAUAGACAGAGUAUUAUACGCUCAGUGACAGGGAAAGAUUGUUUUGUCAAACUCUCAGCGCUAAAUCCGUGCGCUAGCAGUCAACUAGCUGAAGGAACGCUUGGCUCGUGCGAGUGGAGUUCGGAGCAGCGACGGCACAACGAUGGAAGCCC